ACUCUUCUUCUUCUUUCAGGGGGGCUUCCUGUUGGCUGGAAAGGAGGUCACUAUAAAGGACUGAGGGUGAUGAAGGUGAGAGCAGACGUAGUAAAGACAUACUAAGGCAAAGAGGUGUGGCAACUUGUCAUCCACACAAGUAAGAGGACAAUGUGGCUGGUGCUUCUGACAUAUCAACUUGCUACUCUACUUAUCGCCCAGGGUCAAAAUGCCUGCAUUGGACACUCUACAUUCAGAAGUCCAGCUAACUCAGACAUGGAGGUCCUCUGUGGCUCUCAGACGGUGGACCUCCAGAUCCUCCUGUGUCCCGUCUAUUUCAACGGAUACAACGAGUCUCUGCUGUCCCUCAACUCCGAGCACUCUAAACACCAGUGUAAAGGGAACGCUGACUGGACUGCAGACCCUCCUGUGGUCAAAUUCAACUUCUCCAUCACAGAGGAGGGCAUCACAGCCUGCUCCAGCAAGCUCACAGUCACUCAGGAGGCGGGAACUGGAGUUUUUGCCGACUUCUCCAACGUCCAAUACAUCAAUAUCUCUGGUAUGGUGUGCUCUAAGGACCCCAGCACAGGGGCCAUCACCUACCACCAGGAGGUGAUGUACCAGUUCUCCUGCCACUACCCGCUGCAGUACCUGGUCAACAACACUCAGAUGAGCGUGUCUGCAGUCAACCUGGCAGUCAAAGACAAUAACGGGAGUUUCAUCAGCACACUGAGCAUGCGACUGUACUCGGAUGAAAAGUACUCCAGGACACUGCAGGUCCCUCAAGGAGGCCUGGAGCUGAAGACCAGGAUCUUUGUGGAAGUGAAGGCAUCAAACCUCACUAAUAGAUUUAAUGUGCUCCUGGACCGAUGUUAUGCCACAGCCUCACCUUUCCCUGUCAACACCACAUUUCACGAUCUCUUUGUUGGCUGUAACCAGGAUACCCAGACAGUGAUGGGAAUCAACGGGGCGCAGCAGGAAGCACGUUUCUCCUUCGAGGCUUUCCGCUUCACUCAAAGCGAGGCAAUCUUCUCCACCUACUAUGUCCACUGUGCCACCAGGCUGUGUGUGAAUGACAUCUGCCCAAGCCUCAAGAACUGCUCGUCCAGCACCAACUCAAGGAGACGCCGGGGUGCCAGCAACAACCAGGGCACCACUGUGAGCGACAUGGCCACCAUCAGCUCAGGCCCCAUCACCAUCCGCACGGACCAAGGGAAUCUGGUGGCUCCUGGAGGUGCUCAGCAGGCUCACCUGAACAGUACGAUGGUGGCUGUUUCUGUGGUUGCGGGCAUUGUUGGAGCCAUCUGUCUUACAUUGGUGGCUUUCAUUGGAUACCAAAUGUACAACUCCAACUUCAGUUUCAACAAGAGCAUCCUGCAAGGGUGAAAAAAGCUGGGGGAAAAACUUAAAAAAUAUAAUGUAAGGAUUACUCACUCAUAAGAAAAGUAGGCUUUAAUGUUCAGUGAUGUAACACCAGACAUGAAGAGCAUCUCCUGGGUAAAAGAGCUCUCUGGCAUGAGGCCUGAGGGCUGGCAUGUAAUUCAUGCUAGUUCCUGUCAACCUGCAGCAACCAAACACUUGAACUCAGAACUAUCCAUGCUCCAGGCUGAGUUACUUUAUUAAGCUUUUUUAUUUAAACUUUAAUGUUUUAUAUCAAGUUUUCUAUGGCCAAUAAAGGUGUUUGA